GAACUAAAAUGAUUUCUGCCAUUGGUUGAAAUUUUCCAGAAAUUGGGUUCUAUACGAUUACUAUCUGGAUAAACCAUAUCAACUUAAAAACAAUAUGCUGGCACUAUAGACAUCACGGCAUCCACUUCAAAACAAAGUCAAUGCUUCAAAAAAAAAUAUUUUUUUUCGUAUACAUACAAAAAGUCAUUCACUUUUUAUCUAAAUUAAAAAAUUUUGCCAAAUUUUGAUUAGCAAAAAAAUUUUAGUAAAUCCUUUAAAUUUCUUAAUAUUAAAAAAUUAAAACUUAUAAAAAAUGUUUCGCGUGCUUUUGAUUGCAUUCUGCUUAGCAAUUCCCACUUUUUGUUUGGCAUCAACAGUUCUGCCACCGGACUUCUGCAAUUAUGCAAAUGUCGAACAACAUCAAGUUCCACCGGCGCAAACAUUGUCUAAAGCCGAAGACAACAGCAAUGCAAAUGAGGAGAAAUUUCAGCUGCGUUUAAGCGGUGGCAAUGGCGGCUUUUCAGGUUUUGCGAUACAAGCACAAGAUCCCAGUGGUGUGCCAGUGGGCAGAUUUCAAAUUAUCGAUGAACAUAAUUCGAAAACUAUGGCGUGCAAGAAUUUGGAUAUUUAUGAUUUCCCAUUGUGCAGGAUACGAUCUUGCAUGCGGAAACUCAAGAGGAGGGCCCGCUCAAGAGUGUUGACUUCUCUUGGAUACCUGCUGGUUAUCAAGGCACUGUGCGUUUUGUUGCUACCUUGGCAAAGGAAGGCGGCCAGUGGGUGCGUCGAACACUUAAAGAGAUUAACGUGUAAAUGCAAUAAGUACGUGUAAUGAAAAAUAUUUUAUACUUAGCAAUAAGUUUGUUUAACUACAAUUAUGAACUUUCACAUAUCUGGAAACUGUUAAGCGAUCUUUAUGCCACUCAAAACUUGAGUAUCAUCAAUAUUCAGGUUAUAAUUACCAUUAAGCCCACGCAACAGAAAUUUACAAUAAAAUAUUUUGAGAUACGUAAACUUUAUUACCCAAAA